GAUGACCUUGUUUGUAUUGUAUGUGUUUUCCACAGGGAAUUAUGAUCAUGCUGAAACUCUUGAAUCUCCUUCUUGCCUGUGCACUGAUCAGUUGUCAGAUGUACAACUCACAGGCAGCUCCAUCCAGAACUAGUAAGGAGUCAAUGUUAGAUGGAGUCAUGCAAUCGAAUAAUGAUGCCCAAAGGUUACUCAGAGCUUUCAAGGAGUUCAUGCAGAUAACAUCAGAUGAGCAAGAGCACAACACAGCUGAUGGAACCAGCUUGGAUAGACCCCUUUCUAAGCGCUGCAUCGGCUUAAGCACUUGUAUGCUGGGCCAACUCUCCCAGGAUAUUCACAAACUCCAAACCUAUCCCCGCACCAACGUGGGAGCAGAGACGCCCGGCAAGAAGCGAAGUCUCUCUGAGCCAUUUGAAAACUACGGCAACUCAUACAAUUGAAACUCUCAUAUUCAGCCUGUCUAUUCUUCUGUCUGCCUGUGUUAACGUUUGCUUGUUCAUCCAGAUCUGUUUCCAUUCACCAGACUGCUGAUGCAUGUGAAUCCGAUUUGUCUGACUAACUUCAUAGAAAAAGCUUUGCUUUAAU